AUGGCUGAAUGGAAGCCGGUCUGGAUUGCUCGCUCAGACGGUGAAUAUGAGAUCAAGACUAAAAAGAAUGGGAGAGAGCUCAAUGCGCCAACAAGCGCUCAGCUGGACAGGAACUCAGGCGAAAAUGAUUACUACGAGCUACUUGAUAUCGACGAGCCUGUCGCAAUCGAGUGGAAGCGCAUUCUAGGAGGUAUGCUCCAUCGGGAACAGAAGGGUCCAACGGAUCAGAUAUGGAUCUUGGUGGACUUUCCGGAGAACUACCGCCUGUAUAAGCGUUUCAAGGACAAAAAGGAGUCCAAAUCUCGUACUAAAGAUUUAUCUAAGCCGGCCAAAGCUGAUGGAAAGGAUGGCAAUAGAUCUGAAGAUUUCUAUCUAUAUGGCUAUCCAUUAGGUCAUAAGAAGCGAUUCAAGAGCGCGGUGGAUUUCUUCCCACAUUUAUUGUGGCUUGCUCAGGGUACAAGCAAUCAGCGUACCGAUUGCGAGUGUAAGCAAUGCUCUCCUGAAUGGGUUCAAAACGUAUCCAUUCUGCCUGGGAAAAGCGGCUUUGUUCCGAAGACGGAACCUGCGGCACUUCAAAAGGACAAUCCUGCAGUGUUGAGAGACAACAUGAUACCAAAACCACAAGUGGUGAUCAAGCAACGCUCCAUGUCCCAAGAGAGCAACAAGGUAUCAAAAGCUGUGCCCAAAAUUCAACCUCCCACUCCUAAAGUACAACCUUCAGCUACCAAAAGCCCUGCUCCAGCUCCAGCUGCCAAAGUUGUACCUCCGGCUGCCAAAAUGGCAUCUGUACCCUCCAAAGCUGCAUCACAGCCUGUCAACACUCCGGCAGCUCGCACUCCUGCUCCUGUUCCAACUCUAGUAGCACCGACUCCUCUGCCACCUGCCAAAUCUUUGGAACAAGACCAAGAUGCCCAGUACAGCAAAUACAUCUACCGCUCCGGUGAGCUCACUUGGUUCAACAGAGGCUCCGCGUGGGGUCUCUCAGUCAUCGUCAAGCGCGACCUCUUCAAAGACCAGCGCGGUCAGGACCGACCAAGGUAUCUCGUGCAGCCUCUCUCACACCCAUACGUUCAUCCCACUACGAAGAUUAUCUCUUCCGAGGAUGACCUCCGCCCCUGGCUUGCAUGGAGUGCUCCAGGUCCAACCCAUCAAACCUUAGCCACAUCCGGUUGGGACUACAGGACCGUCGACUGGAAAGGCGUUAUCGACGGCCACUACGGUGUCGGAGAUGCAGAGGUGGACGGCAGCAUCUACGCCGCGAAAUGGAUAGAUGACAGCUUCACCCUCAUCGACCCUCUGAGCAACAACACCACAACUACAGGGGAGCGCUCCUACAAUGGUAUCUACUUUGGCGGCGAAAAGCUCUGGGUUGGAGAGCCGGUCCGUCUCCGCGUCGGCCACGGCCACGACGUGAUGAUCAUCCACCAAAUAAUCGAAAAACUCAAACAAAACUCCACGAGCUCUGCCUCCGCAAGCGUCUAUCUCAUUGGUGAUAUCUAUCGCUAUUCCACCAUCCCGUACGCCGUCGGGCAAGAGCCUGCCGAAAACCCCAACCUCCCAAUGCGUCUCCGCCAAGACCUCAAAUACCGCAAUCGCGUCUCCAUCGCCUCCAAGCGCACAAUUUCCUACUGGCAAAUCAUCCAAGCCGCACACCGUCUUGAAAUCACAGAGAUCAAAGGCCGCUGGUACGAGUCGAGCGUCCUGCUACCUAUCCUCCACGGUGCAGCGGCAUUCCAACAAGACGUCCAGCGUGGCGAGAUUACAGAUGUGGGCACCUGGAUCAAUGGACGCGGUGACGCGAACAGCGCGCCCGGGAAACCGGGCAAGAGAUUCAGUAACCGCCUCGAGGCGUUCGACCAGGCUGUUCCGGCUGGAACGAAGAUUAGUAGGGGGUUAGAUGGGCCCGCGGAGGAGAACGUGUUUCCGGCUACCAAUCCGUCGAGCAUGCAAGCAUCUGUGACGAUGGCGGUUCAGCCUGGGACUGAAUUGGCGGCUCAGUCGAGUGUUCAGGGGAGCGGAGGACAAGGGCAGCAGGUGCAGGGGGUGAGCGAUGGUGAUAUUGCGCAGUUCAUGGAUCUGGAUCGCAUGGAGGAAGGGUUUACGCAGAACUAUGUUGGCGGGCAGUUUUGA